CUGCCUGUAGAGCGUCCGCGCGGGUAAACAACAAGAUGUGGUAACGUCAAACGCGUACAUUUUUCUACAAUUAUUCUUUACCUAAGUGUACGGACGCUUCCGAAUUCCUCGACAAGCACUUGCCUUUUGUUGGCUGUACCAGCUUGUUGUAACUUCAUGUACCGUCUGCCGUUAUGUUUGUGCUAUGAACGACGCUUGGACUUGGCCCGGUUACAGCCUGCGCUUCGGUCGGAGCCGUUCAGUGUGUUGAAUGUUGAUUAGUGUGCCUGUCCCCUCCGUGUCUAAGUGCUGUGUUCUGGUCGGGGUGCUCUGGUGGUGCUGCAGCAAGGGAACUGUACUAUGCUACACGGUAGGAAGAAGCCCGUCCCUUCGUAGUGUCACUGUUAGCGCGAUCACACUGCUUUCCCGGUAGAUGAUCGUGCAAGCGAGACAACCUAGCGCGCAUUUCGAACAUUCCGGCCAACCGCUGGCCCUUUCGGUGCAGAACGAAUCCGGUGCAUCAGUCACCCCGCCCCGGCCCCUCCCAAAACGGAGGAGUUAGUUAAGUACCCGUCCAAUUGUCAAAUCAAGCAAAGAGCUCGGGAAGCGCAUACACGUACGCCGGCCAAAGAGCCAAAGAUCCCCGAUCAUGUCGAAGCACAUCUGCAAAAAUCCGAAAAAUCUCUUCUGCUUCGUGUGCGGCCUGUACACACCGUCGCACCACAAGCGGUCGAUCAUGACGCGGCCGCUGCUGCUGGCGUACGAGGCCCACUUUACGGCGCGCACCGUGCCGGAAAACUACCAGCACGGGCCGCCGUCCGUGUGCAACGUGUGCAACAAUGCGCUGCUGCGGUGGCAGAACGGCACGUGCCCGAAGCCGGAGCUGCCGUUCGCGAUCCCGAUGCUGUGGAGCGCCUCGACCGACCAUGCCACCGAUUGCUACUUCUGUCUGACGCGCACCGCAUCGUCGCCGGACGGGAAAACCAUCACCAAAGCGAACGCAUCGGUCGUGUAUCCGUCGGUGAAGUCGGCCAUACGGCCCAAAGUGUUCUCCAACCAGCGGGCGGUGAUGUUCCAUCCGAUACACAGCACGAUCCGUCCACCGGCAGUCUCCGUCGCCGUCACCACCGGCAAGGUGGAAGCGAGUGACAGCAAACCGAUCGCCGUGCGCACGGUCACCGUCACUGCGGUCAAGCGGGAAGAAUCUCCAACUGUAAAGCCGCAGCAGCAGCAAAGGGUCGUCACACGGCACAGCUUGCCGGCCUCGCAACAACCGGCCCCGGCGAGUGUGCAAUUGAAGCCAGUGCCGACAGUCAUCAGCACGACAGUGAGUGGCGUAAAGCGCAAAGCCGUCGCAGACCCAAGUGUUAUGUACGACAUGACCAAGGUAAGGCUGCGCCAUUCCGAACCAUCGGUUGUGCUGGAAAAAAGUGAGAAACUGGUACCCGCGAGACCACCCAUCGCGAUCGUACGACGCCCGGUGACAGCGGGCACAGUCAGCACGAACGCUCCCAAGAUAUUGAACGUGUUCUCCCUCAACAAGAAUGCGAUCAACAGUGACUCCAAGCAAUUGAUUUUACCCGCUGCAAAACUCCAGCCCAAACCGAUCGCUCCAACCCAGCGACCGGUGACGAUCGAAAUCGAGGACGAUGAUGAUGAGGAGAUGAAUGGAAGGGAUCCACAGGAUCCCCCGUCUCCAGAACUACCGCUGCCGAGAUUGGUUCCGAUCAAGCAGGAAAGGGAACCGCUCAUCGUAACCAAGCAGCCGCCACCCCGAACGGUUCCAAAGCAAAUUGCCGAAGUGCGGGUCGUUAAGGUGGAGCGAUUGAGCCCAACAUCGUCGGAGCAGAAAGCACAGCCGCCGCCAACAGUGACCCGGGCGACGACGGGCUUUAUUAAUCUCUGCGAUCUAGCAUCGGCACCCUCGACCCACAACGGUAUGAUGGUGGUGAAAAUGCCACCCGUCAGCGAGACACAGCCGAAACCGGUUCCGGUGAUGGCCCCAAAGGUUGUAGCUACGCCUACUCCCGCCGUUGCACCAACAACACCCGACAGCACGGGCACUAAUGGCGGUGGUGGUGGUGGUGGUGGUGGUGGUAGUGCUUCCGAGCAGGAGGAACUGCCCCAUCGCAUCACACAGUCGGAGCUGAUACUGUUGCUUCGCGAGCUGGAACUGCCCAAAGAGAAGUCGGCCAUCCUGAUCGAUCGGCUGAAAAAGUGGAAUCUGCUCGCGGUCGAGCUGGUCGGUUCGAACCGUUCCCGGCCGUCAACCGAUCCAGCCCCGCAAACGGUUACGCAACCGUCGGCAGUAACGACACCAGCAGCAACAACAACAACCACUCCCGUAGCAUCACCUGCCGCAGCUGUUGUUGUGUCGUCGACUUCGACCAAACCGACACCGGUCAAUUCGUCAUUGGCCAAGCCGACACCGGUCAAUUCGACACUGGCCAAACCGACACCGGCUAAACCGCCAAUGCCGGCCGUUUCGGUCGCUGUAACAACGCGAACACAGUGUGGACCGUACACCGGAACCGUCACCACGCUGACGAACAUGAAAGACCUGCAAGUGCGCAGUACCCGGGCCGCGCAAAAACCGCCCAUCAUUACCAGCAGCACCAACAGCGGCGGCGGUGGCGGCGGCGGCACCAAGCCGCAGGAGAGUGGUGGUGGUGAAACGAAACCACCAAUACCAAAGGUCAUCACGACUAGCGUCACUACGCGCAGCGCCAAAAAUGCGCUGGACAAACAAAAUUAUACCCCUUCGGCGCGGAUAAAGUGAACCCCCGAAUGGUGGGCGCCUGCGUGUCGCGAACUGGAACAUGCACUCUUAGCAUUAGCAACCUAUAAAGUUAAGUUGUUUGCGCACGUCCACGGCGUGUUGCUGCGUCGCGAAUGAAAGCGAAAAUUUUUGUACAAAAUUGUAAGGGUCGGGAAAGUUUGUUCGCGUUCGGUCAUGUCCUUAAAUUAAGACUCACACUACAUACACACGCACACACAUUUCUAACGGUACACAAAUACCAAAAGCCAUCUCUUCCAAGCGUCACAUUAUCCCAAGGAUAGUAGAGAAUUCUGAGGAAUACGAAAAAAAAUGAAGGGAAACUGAAGUGCCCUUAACUGUAAGCGUGAAUUGGAUGGCAUGUGCUGAUUUUACCUAAGUCUAGGUAUCCACAUCAUCAUCAGACUUAGUUUUAUGUUUCAUGUUUCCUUUUCUAUGUAAAAAAAAGAAAACUAAUGAUAAGCGCGUCCGAUCAGUUUGGUAGGUGAACGUGAUCAGAAGACGAUGACGAAUGAUUUUACCAUUAUCAGAAUGAAGCUUGUGUUAUGCACAAAUGCGAAUGAUUAUUGUAAGAAAAAGAAAAGAAUGUGAAUGUUUUCCGGGAUUUGACCCCAUGUAUGUCGAACCUUAGCUCGAUUUGGGUCCCGUGUAAUAUAGAUGUAAGAUAUGAUGUAAUAAAGUAAGGCAGGCAGGCAGAAGCAUUGGAUUGAGAUAACACGCGGUAAAAGUAUGGAUGAAUAAAUCGUUACAAUACAAAACACA